UUUAUUUGCCUAUAAAUAUUCAUUUACAAUCCAUGAAAAAAUAUAAAUUCCCAGAAUCUCAGCAACUGCAUGCAAACGCCACAAGCAAGUUACAAAAUUUCAAACUGAUCUUCAUGAAGCACUUCGUAGUACUGGUAUGGGUUUUGGUCUUGUGUUGUGUCUUGGUUAACAAGGAUGGGCAAGCCCUAGCCAUGGAGGACGAAAUUGAAGAGUUGGCAGUAGCUCAUGACUAUAGAGACGCCCUCGGUAAGGCCAUUUUGUUCUUCGAAGGGCAACGCUCGGGAAAGUUGGCCCCCGGCCUGCGAGUAAACUGGAGAGGAGACUCUGCACUCUCAGAUGGAAAACCUCAAAAUGUGAAUUUGGUUGGAGGAUACUAUGAUGCAGGUGACAACGUAAAGUUUGGGUGGCCAAUGGCAUUUAGUGUCAGCUUGUUGAGUUGGGCUGCUGUGGAGUACCAGCAGCCGUUAUUUUCUGCAAACCAGCUUGGAUAUCUCCAUACUGCAAUCCGUUGGGGCACAGAUUACAUACUGCAAUGUCACUCUUCAGCCACCACAUUUUAUACCCAGGUGGGAGAUGCAAAUGCGGAUCACCAGUGCUGGGAGCGCCCUGAGGACAUGGAUACGCCACGAACACUUUACAAUAUCACUUCUACUUCUCCAGGCUCCGAGCCAGCAGCUGAGGCUGCUGCUGCCCUUGCCGCUGCUUCACUUGUCUUUAAAGUGGUUGAUUCCAACUACUCCACGUUGCUCCUAAACCAUUCACGAUCACUGUUUGACUUGGCAGACCAGCAUAGAGCGUCUUACCAAGGCUAUUGCCCAUUUUACUGCUCCUACUCUGGCUAUCAGGAUGAGCUGUUAUGGGCUGCGGCUUGGCUAUACAAGGCGAGUGCAGACACCAAGUAUUUGAAUUAUGUCUCGAGCAACCAAGCAUGGAGUCAGGCAGUGUCUGAGUUCAGUUGGGAUAACAAAUUUGUUGGAGCUCAGACAUUACUAGCCAAGGAAUUCUUCAGUGGAAAUACGAAUUUGGCUAAGUACAAUAGCGAUGUCCAGUCGUUCGUAUGCGCACUGAUGCCAGGGAGUAGUUCGGUACAGAUCAGAAGAACCCCAGGUGGACUACUUUUUACAAGAGAUAGUAGUAAUUUGCAAUAUGUAACAAGCUCAACCCUGGUGCUAUUCAUCUACUCCAAAACCCUAACUGCAGCACAAAUUGGUGGAGUCCAAUGCGGCUCGGUCGUUUUCUCUACCUCCCAAAUCAGAACCUUUGCAAAAUAUCAGGUGGACUACAUCCUAGGAAGCAACCCCAAGAACAUGUCAUACAUGGUGGGUUUUAGUGGCAAAUACCCAACGCAAUUGCACCAUAGAGGUUCAUCAAUCCCUUCCAUCACCGUCCUCCCAGCCAAGGUGGAUUGCCAAGGUGGCAACAACUAUUACUCCGCUUCCAAUCCAAACCCUAAUACUCAUGUGGGUGCAAUCGUUGGGGGUCCAGAUGUAAAUGACCAGUUCAACGAUGCAAGAUCAGACUAUUCUCACUCUGAACCCACAACAUAUAUGAAUGCAGCUUUUGUGGGGACUGUGGCUGCUUUACUUGGUCAAGCCCAAACAGGGAGUAUGUAAAUUGCAAUUUCUUCUCUUUGAUGUAAAACUGAAUAAUGUCUAGUUGCGCGUGACAAACUGACAUACUACCCUUAAUGUAAAUAGUAUAAACUGAACCCCCACGCUCAUCAAUCCAAGUGAUCACAAUAUCCCAUUUUAUAUGUGUACUCCACAUGUCAAUAAAGUAUGCAAGGACACGUAUUUCCUCCA